UUUCCGGUGUCGUGGCGAUCACACACAGAACAGUUUUACUCUUCAGUCAGUAAAGCAGCUGAUAUACACAACACAAACAUGAUUUCAUUAACGGAUUCACAGAAGAUCGGGAUGGGGCUGACGGGUUUCGGCGUGUUUUUUCUCUUCUUCGGAAUGAUUCUGUUCUUUGAUAAAGCACUCUUGGCCAUAGGAAAUAUCUUGUUCGUUGCAGGUCUCUCAUUUGUUAUCGGGCUGGAACGGACUUUCAGGUUCUUCUUCCAGCGGCAUAAAAUGAAAGCCACUGGUUUCUUUCUGGGAGGCGUUUUCGUGGUGCUCAUAGGAUGGCCGAUUGUAGGCGUCGUUCUGGAGGUCUAUGGAUUUUUCCUUCUUUUCCGGGGCUUUUUCCCAGUAGCGGUUGGCUUUAUUAGGCGGGUGCCUAUUCUGGGAUCUAUACUGAACCUUCCUGGUAUCAGUGGACUAGUGGAUAAAGUCGGCGAGAGCAACACCAUGGUAUAACGGUCAACGGUUUAGUUUUCUAUGAGUGGCUCAUAUUUAUAUUCGUCAUAAUGUGCUUCGGGCUCGGCGUCUUGCCGCCCAACCUCUCUGAACCACAGAUGAGAUUUUUGAUAUUUUACCUGUGAAGAAGUUUGUGUUUUUUCUGGGACUGAUAACCAAACCAAGUCAUUGU